UCAUCAGGUGGCUUCACGGGUCACAGGGCAGCACUGCAAACAUGGUGAAAUACUUUUCUGUGGACUGGCUGGCCCAGAGUCAUCACAACACUUCUCCGGCUGAGGACCACGGCGCUGGCACGGAGGCCGCGCCCGCCUGCAGACCUCACGUUCCCUGCGUGGUGCAGCCGCGGCCCCCGACCUUUGGCAAAGGUUACCUGCAGCCAAAACCCAGGCUGUCCAAGGCCGUUGAGCACAUGGAGCCGGUGGAGAUGAGCGGGCCUCUGGACUCCGGCCUGUGCUCGCCCUCGCAUUCGACCAGCUGCGCCUCACCAAUUUCAGAAAUCGGCGGGUACUCCUCCGGGUAUGAGAGCGAAGCGGCGUCCUCCGAGUGCCACUCGGUGGACGAAGGGAGCGAGGCGGAGAAGGACGGACCACAGCGCCGUGUGCGCACAAAGUUCACCCCCGAGCAGAUCGGCAAACUGGAAAAGAUCUUCGGCAAGCACAAGUACCUGGAUGCCGGGGAGAGAGUGAAGACAGCACAGAAGCUGAACCUCACCGAGACGCAGGUGAGGACCUGGUUUCAGAACCGGAGGAUGAAGCUGAAACGGGAGGUGCAGGACUACCUCGCCCCCCAGGUCCCAGCGGUGAUGUUCCAGCCUCUGCCGCCAGUUCAGUACCACGGCAUGACAGGACAGCGGCCCCACUACCCCGCGGCGGGCCCGGCCUUUUACCCGCUCCCCGUCCCGCAGAUGGUCCUCCAGCAACCGAUGCCCCCCAACAACCCCCCUCAUCUCAUGAUCCACAAACCUCAUUUCUACCCACAAACUAUCUGCUAGGGACGUUUUCGACUGAAACACUUAGAAUCCAAAAAAAAGUGCAAUCCAGAGUUGUUUUAUUUGAUGUGUGUUU